AUGGCUGCGGAGCGUGACACGCCUGGUCACGUGGGGCGCGCGCGCGCCGCGCCGUCCCCCCCUCACUCCCGCCCCCCCCCCCCCCCCCGGUCGCGCGCGCCCCCGGGGCCUCCGAGUGUUGUGACUCGGUCCGGCGCGUCCCGCUGCCGCCGCCGGUUCUUAAAGGGGCAGGCACCCCCCCCGCGCGCCCCCCCCCUUCCCCCCGGCCCGCCGCGGCGGAAAACAAAGAGGCACCGGAAACAGCGGCGGCGGGGAGGGGGCCGUCCCGGCGGGGGGCGGGAGGCGGGAGGCGCGGGAGGGAGGGCCGGCGGCGGGCGGGCGGGGGGGCAGGCCCGGGCCCGGCGUCGGCGAACAAAGAGCGGCGGGAGGGGGCGGGGGCGCCGCAGCGGCACCGGAGCGGCGGCCUAGGCCAUCGGUGCAGGAUCCAAGGUGCUGGUGUCUCGCCCUGCCUGGAGCCUGAGGUCCCGUGUGCCCAUCCGCCUCCCGACGUCACCAAUGCGACCAUGGGAACUGGCAGUGAAUAGGCGGCCACCCUCUGCCCCUUUUAACCAGCGCCGUUUCUCGGGGGGACCCUGCAGCAGCCCUGACCACCUCCGGCGAAGCCCCCCUGCCAGGCGUCAGUGGGGACGACGCGACCGACCUCUGGCAACCCUGCUGGGCCAGGAUGAGCCCCAGCUGCACCCUGCCUUCCCCCAGCAGCCGCACAUCCCUGUAGAUGAGCCCCGCGCCUACGCUCUCCCCAGCACGCCGCCACGAAUGCUUCACCCGGCCGCUCACCCGCCCCACCAGAACCCAUUCAUGGUGGAUCUGCAUGACCAGGUGCACCAGGGACCCGUCCCUCUCUCUUACACGGUUACCACCGUCACAACGCAAGGCUUCCCCAUCCACGCCGGCCAGCACAUCCCUGGGUGCAGCACCCAGCAGCUCCCAGCAUGCUCAGUGAUGUUCAGUGGACAGCACUACCCGCUCUGCUGCCUCCCGCCCCCGCUGAUCCAGGCAUGCGCCAUGCAACAGCUCCCCGUCUCCUACCAGACGUUCCCCCCCAUCAUCUCCAGCGACCAUUACAUCCUGCACCCCCCUCCGCCACCAGUGCCCCCCCACCAGCCGCCCCACAUGGCCCCCCUGGGGCAGUUCGUACCUCUCCAAGCCCAGCACCCGCGCAUGCCUCUGCAGAGGAUAGACAAUGACGUGGACCUGCGAGGGGAGCAGCACCCCAUCGCGGGCUUCACGUACCCCCCAUCCCACCACGCUCCCACCCUGUCCCCCUCCGUGCCGCUGCAUUACCUCCCCCAUGACCCGCUGCACCAAGAACUGCCAUUCGGCGUGCCAUACCCCCACAUGAUGCCCCGGCGGCUGAACACCCAGCGGUACCGGCUGCAGCAGGCGCUGCCCCCCCCACCGCCCCCUCCGCCGCCCCCCCCGUACUACCCGAGCUUCCUGCCCUAUUUCCUCUCUAUGCUUCCCGUGUCGCCGACGGCCGUGGGGCCCACGAUCAGCCUAGACCUGGACGUGGACGAUGUGGAGAUGGAGAAUUACGAGGCACUGCUGAACCUGGCCGAGCGGCUGGGGGAGGCCAAGCCGCGGGGACUCACCAAAGCAGACAUCGAGCACCUCCCGUCCUACCGCUUCAACCCCGAGAGCCACCAGUCUGAGCAGACCCUGUGCGUCGUGUGCUUCAGCGACUUCGAGGCCCGGCAGCUUCUCCGCGUCCUGCCCUGCAACCACGAGUUCCACGCCAAGUGUGUCGACAAAUGGUUAAAGGCGAACCGCACGUGCCCCAUCUGCCGGGCGGACGCGUCGGAGGUGCAGCGGGAGGCGGACUGAGGCUGGCGGGCGCUGUGCCGCACAAUUCGCUAGAGGACGAGGACGCCGGGCCAGGGGCGGGGGCCGCUGCCCGCUGCUAGGGCCUGACCCUGUGCUUACCCCCCCUCCCCAAAGCCUCUCCUCGGAUGUGGUGAGCAUUGAGCAGUCCGGGCUCCCGGCCAGCCCUCCUCCUCCCCGCUGGGGCACGGACUCGGCCGGACGCCUGCCCGCUGCGCUCCCCGGGCCCCGAAUCGUGUUGUGCUGGAGGCGGGAGGCGUGUGGCCGUGCCCUCCACGCUCCAAAGACGCUGUUGUUGCUCCAUCACUUUCCAGGUCUUUAUACUCCACUAGGGAAUUAGUGUUUUUUCCCUUUGUCACUUUUUUUUUUUUUUUUUUCAUGGUAGAGUGGUUUGUUGUUUUUUCCCUCCCCUUGUUUCCUUUCCUUUUCCGUCGCGUUUUUGGUUCCGUGGCCGUUUGACCCACUGGUGCGCAGGCGGCACCUCCCCUCGGCGUUGCUCGCGGAGGACGCGGGGAGGAGAGAGGAGGGAGCGCCGUGGGUUUGAUGCCGGCAGCACCCCGAGCCGGCCCGGGGGGCAGCCGGAGGAGGUGGCCGGUGGCGCGCGGCCAAGGUGGGACACCAGCAACCCCGCGGCGUGGCGGGGGCAGGAACGCUGCCGUCCCCGCUCCCGCACACAGCCCGGCGCGGCCCCUCUCCCGCCUUGGCUGCCCUGGGAAGCCCCAGAGGGUUAUGGCUGCUUGGGGUCUUUCCCUGGUGGGAGGACGGUGCGGCCCCGGCCCCUCUCCCCGUUCGUUCCCCCGUGCCCGCCCGGCGCAGCUCCCGGGGCCGGGCCAUGUGAUGUCCCGCGGGGCAGCCCAGGCCUGGGGUGGGGGCCCAGCCCUGUCCCGGCGGCCAUGGGCAUGCGGUGUGCCGCCCGGCUCCCGCUGUUUUUCUGGCCCGCCGCCAUGAAUCGACAUAGCCCCGCGCCCCCGUCCUGCUGGCUGGACGGCACGGCGCGGUGCCCCCGGCCGAUGGGCAGCAGGGGUGGCCAGCCGUGCUGCGGCGGGUGCCCCCCUGUCCCCCAGAGCAGGGGAGGGGGGGUUUAUCCAUCACCUCAUGGUGUAUUUUCAGUGCUACCCUGGCCCUGGCGCGGGGCGGGGGGAGCUGUGAGCAGCCCCUCGCCGCCAUAUCCCCCCCCCCCAUGCCCGCGCCUGGACCAGGAGCGAAGCUGCCGCCACGCCGCCGCCCGGCUCCAGCAAUCCCGCGUGGCCGUUGUUUUGCAUGAUUAAUUAGCCAGGAGGGUGACGGGAGGCAGCGGCGGCGGUGGUGGUGGUGAGAGGGACCACCCUCCCCUCGCGGCACGUGUUGCUGACGCCUGGGAGCCUCCGAGCGGACGCCAGCCCUAUGUAAAUGUUCACAAAAUAUGCAUGCAUGUCUGACCAGCUUGGAACGUGGUCUUGGCUACGUCUAGCCGGCUGUGGGGUGAGGGGGGGUGGGGAGAUGGGGGUUUUUGUGCUCAGCUGAUACUGCCAUGCACUGUACUGCACAUGUCCGCAACGCCACAGCAGGACCGUGAGACUUUUCAGGGCCGUCCCCGCGGGCUCUGCGCCCCUCCGAGCGGGAGGCGGCGGCCGGGGUGAGGGGCGCCCGCGGCGGCGGCGUGUGCAAGGGGCCUGGGGGGUGGGGUGGGAGGGUGCGUGGAGGGGGAAGGCGGCUCCCCGCGGGGCGGGGGGCAGGCGGCGGGGCUGGCCCCCUGCAGUGGCCCUGGCCGCCAUGUUGGGGCCGGGUGUGAGGCAAGGGGCCGCGCCCGGCAGGUGGGUGGGCGGGGUGAUGCUGCCCGUGCUGCCACGCCAUAGGUCAGCGGGGGCCGGUGCCAAUCACCGGGGUGCUGAGGUAACCCCGCUCCCGAUUGGCCAUGCACCGCCUCUCCCGGCCCCCCGCUCUCCACCCAGCCAAUCAGGCGCAGGGGAGCAGCGAGCGGCGCGGCGCUAUUGGCCGGCUCACCCUUUGCCGCCUUUUCCCUGCCAAGCGUCGAGGCCGAGGGCUCCCGGCCCGGCACCACCAGCUCCGCCAUGGCGCUGGCACCGCUGGGCUCGGUGCCCCUCGGGCAGGACCCCGGCCCCCUUCCCCAUCCCUCGCUCAGUGACAGAUAACCAAAGGAGUCCCCGUGCCGCGCGGCGGCCUCGCGCCCCCGGAGACGCCCCCGCCACCCCACCCAACCCCCCCUCCUCCCCUCCCGCCCUCGCGGUGCCCAGGGAGCCAGGAAAGCCUUACGGUCCUUUGACGGCGACUCGAAAGCUCACAGCUCGUGUGCUGCAGAAUUUAUUCCAAUGAGCAGCUAAAAAGUAUCAUUUAAAAAAAAAAAAAUUAACAAAAAGAAAAAAUUACAAAAAAAAAAAAAAAUUACUAAAAAACAAUUAUUUAGGGUGUUUGUGAUUGCUGACUGCGCUGUAGAUACCACUGUUUACCAAUGAUUUCCUGUGGUGGGAUAGUGGACUGUUUACUGUUCUAUUAUACCAGUCCCCGGGCCCUCCGGUGGGACCCCCGCGGCCCCCGCGGCUCCCCGGAAGGUGCUAGGACGUGUGUUCUGUGUUAGAAAGUUUUUAUAUAUAUAUAUAUAUAUAUAUAAAUAUAUAUAUAUAAUUUUUUUUGCUCUGUUACUUGCACAUUUUACAGUUACCUCAUUUUUCCCAUGUAUGUAUUUGAAAAAAGGCUAAUAUAUAGAAAAAAAAAGGUUCUUAAAGCUCUAAAAGUGUUUGUUUUUUUUCCAUUCCAUUGGAAUCAUAUUGGUUUUGUAGCAUUUAACAUAACUAGUAUGUUGUAUUAUAUAUAUGUGUAUUAUACUGAUUGAAAUUUUUAACAGAUUUGUACUUUUUUUAAAAUGAAAGUUGCUAGUUCUGCUUGACCAAGUAGUGCAAUCAUUAUUUUUUUUAAUGUUGUGGCUGAUUUUGAGAGGGAUAUUCACUAAUAAAUGUAUGAUGUAUACCAACGCGCUGUGCC